CAGUAUUUCAUUCUAAACUAGUGUGGUUGCGGAGAGUAGCCGAGUUGUGAUCUAUGCGUAGUAUAGCGUUGUCACAGUAGACGAAGUGAUGUAAAGGCUAUUACGCGAAAUCGACGCAUCCGUAUAGUUCUAACACGCGCCUAAAGUACGCGCGUGUGGGUAGAACCGGCGCAUGUUACCAUUGAAUUGCCCAGAAAACGAGCGAUGUGUAGUUUGCGUGCAAGUCAUUGAGUAUGUGAUAUUGAGUGAGGUCUUGCACCGCUGGAAACCUAGCAAAUAGCAAAAAAUGUAACAUAUCCUCGUUUUUGAUGCUACCGAAUCAAGUGAACGAAUAACUCAUUUAACGGCGCGCAUCAGACACGCGCGGUUCUCGUUUCCGGACGCAUUUUUAACGCAUCGCACAAGAAUCUCUGAAUUGUACAGCAGUAUCUUAUAAAUUCAGCUGCUUUAUUGGACAUUAUUUAAUGUAACUGAUUGUGAUUUGGAAAUAUUAAAUGGUUGGUGCGGUACAAGGCCCACGCGGAGGUGGAUAUUCUGCGAACAAUAUCAAGAUAACAUAAACACUUUUAAAGAGUUAACCUCACAAAUCUGUUAAUCAUAAAUCAGCCCUGCUGAAUGUGACUGAUCAACCCAUAACAUGGAAUAUUUACGUCCGUAUCUAGAGCAUUGGUACAUUGUACCCAGAGCAGUAUUGCGACUGCUCUUCAUAUUGCUGAACAAUGCCUACUGCAUUCCCACCUAUGUUGUCUGGAUGAUUCUGCUCUCGCCGCUGAAGAAAAUCAAUCCGGAUACGUUUUGGCGUAUUGAGGGCUAUUUCUUUCAUUGGUUGUUGGCGAUGGUGUCGAUGUGGAGUUGGAGCGCUGGAUACGAUGUGGUUGAAAUGGGCGAUGAUAUACAUGAUUGUUUAGAAGAGCGCACACUUGUGAUUGCUAAUCAUCAGAGCACUGCAGAUGUGCCUCUGCUGAUGGCUUGCUUCAACCCCAAGAAGGGUGUCACCUCAAAUCUAAUGUGGAUUAUGGACAGUCUCUUCAAGUAUACAAACUUUGGUAUUGUAAGCGUACUGCAUCAGGACUUCUUUAUUAAAUCGGGUAAAAGUAGUAGGGAGCAAUCAAUUCAUGAAUUAGUAACGCACAUAUUAGAGUCGUAUAUUCCGCGGCAUCGGAACUGGAUGGUGCUCUUUCCUGAAGGUGGUUUUCUUCGUAAAAGACGCGCCGUUUCGCAGAAAUACGCUCAAAAAAACAAUCUGCCCGUCCUGAACAAUGUGUCGUUGCCACGAGUUGGCGCACUGCAUGCCAUCAUGAGUACUGUGGGUCCAGGGCAAGCAGCCAACAACAAUGCUGUGAUUGAAGACCGGCCAGUAGCGGUGAAAGCGAAAUUAGCCUUCGUACUAGAUAUAACAGUAGCAUAUCCCAAGGGAGUACCUUUAGAUUUAAAGGAUAUUAUUUUCGGAAUUCGGGCGCCAUGCAAAACGGUGCUCUUUUACAGGCUGUACUCGUGCCAGGACAUACCGCACGACACCGAGGGCCUCUCCAAGUGGCUCUUUGAUCGUUUCGAAGAGAAAGAGCGCAUGUUGGAAACGUUCUAUCGCACGGACGAUAUCCCCGCCGCCGAUUAUUGUAAACAGCCAAUUCAGCCGAGCGUCGUUGCGCAGGAUUGUCUACGUUUCCUUAUCUUGCAUAUAUUUUUUUUCACAUCCACUUAUAUCCAUGUGCAAAUGUUCAUGGCCGUGUACGACUAUUACAACUAUCUGAUAAAUUAACAAACGGCUGUGCCAUCGUUGGUCUAUAUUUUGGAGAUGUACUUUAUUUAAGGUGGUGUGUGUUUUGGGUACGGAAAAGAGUAUUAUGGACUUUUGUGAUUUUUGUACCUUGCGCACACACUGCCACGGCGCAUGCGCAUCACACUGAAAUGGUUUGCAACUUGAUAACGAUGGUCAGCUAGAUUUUACAUCCAACUAGUCAAUUUUUUAUUAGUUUUGUGAGAUUAUGUUAACUCUAAUGGUUUAAUACUAAUACUCGAUAACCUUGUGCGUGCGUUUUCAUACGUAUUCCACACUUAUUCAUCACGAGAAUGGCGGCGGCGAGUGGCACGAGACGAAAAUACUUGCCACGAGUUUAGAUUUUGUAAUAAUUGACCAAAAACAGAACUAUAACAAAUAAUAACCAAUAAUAGCGGAUAUGUUUAGGUAGAUCUUUACAAUUGUAAUACAAUAGGUGAUAAUAAGUGGUGUGGUUGAAUGCAAGGCGUGAAAAUGAGGUAGUUUUCUAGACAAUUGUUCGUUGUCAGUGGAAGAAGACGACUCUGGUUGUGUUAUAAAUAUUUAAAAAAUUCAUUUUUGAUACGAAUUUAGCGCUGUGUGCAUGAGCUGCUUGUACAAAUACCAAUUGCCAAGUAGUUACCGCGCUCUGUUUUAUCAUUGCUUUGUUAUAACAAUGUUGUUACUGAUUGAUUUGAAAAAUCGUCGUUUUGGUAUACCAAAAAUGUCUGUAAUGAAUGCAGGGUAAUAUAUUUUCUCACUGAACUUUAGAGAUAUUCUAGAAUGAAGCGUGCGCAACACAAAAGGGCCAUUAAUGUGUGUUAUUUAUCGGUUAUUUCUAAGUGAAACCUUCGAUUGCAGCUUGUAUUGUGAUAACAAUCGCCAACUUUAAGAAUCAAACUAAUUGCUGUCCACACGUCAAUUCAAUUACAAUAACUGAGCGAAUGUUUGUUUAAUUAAGGCAUUUUUAUCAUUGUGUAAAUAAUGAAUGAGCUUAAUUCAGAUUCAGUGCUUGACUUGAGCUGAUUUAUUUCGAUGCAAUACAAUGGACACAAUUAUAGUGCGCACUUUUAUAUUACUACCAGGUGGAUAUAUGUGUAAAUUUAAUGUACACAUUGAUUAUUUAAUAUUUUUCAUACUGAGAAAUAUUGAAAAAAAUGCAUAUUGAAAUACUUGCA